CUCGAGUGCUCGACUUUCGAAAUACUGGACUAGACUAGACUGUCAAUGAGAAAUCUUAGAGAGAGAUACAAUGCUAAGGCACGGCAGUCUUCAAAGUCGGGGUCGCACAAAAAACGGCGGUCGCACGCUGUACCAGAUGGACCGGACAAGGCAGACGCCAACGCCGAGCUGCUCCUUCCCGUGAGCAAGGCGGACAAAGAAGCCGCGCGAGCUGAACGACUUCGUCUCGAACUCUCAAACGGCACGAAGAUGUCCUCUAAGAAGAAGAAACGGAUGGACGCUUGGAUCGCUAAGAAGGUCGCCAAAGACGAGCGGGUGGAGAUUCUGAAGAAACUGGAGGUGCAGCAACGGGAGAUGGACGGGCUGGGCUUAGUGAGCAGCAGUAGGCUUGGAAGUGGGCGAUUGAAUACUUGGAGGGAGGUUAGAGAGGUGGAGGAGGAUCGGGCUGUGAGGAAGGCGAUGAGGGGGAGGAGAGAGGAGGGCGACGAUGAGGACGAGGAUGGGGAUUUGGAUGAUCCUGAGGACGGAGAGCACGAGGAAGGAGACGAAAGAGAUUCGGGAGUGCAGGAAGGGGACGAAGAGGAGGAAGAAUGGAAAGGAUUCAGCGAUCUCCCUGAGCCUGCCUCUCCCCUUCCUGAUCCUCCCCUUCCACCUCCACCUGCCCCACCAGCAUCAACAUCGGCACCGGUACCGGCACCCACAAUCGGCAGCGCACUCAAACGCGCAGACGGGACGAUCACAGUACCCGUCGUUGUAAAACGCACCAAACGCAAGAAGCAGAAAGUGCGGGAGGUUACCCCUGAGAGCGAGUUUGACAGUUCGGACUCAGGGUGGGACAGUUCGGAGGGAGUGGACGAGCUGCCUGACGAAGAUGGGCAGGAAGAGACUGGUAGUGAUGAGGAAGAGGAUGGCGAGGGAGAAGCAGGUGGAGAGGACGAAGAUUCCCAGAGUGCAUUACCGACUGGUUCGGUAUUGGGAAAACGGAAACGUACUGGCGGGUUCAAAGACUGGGCUAAUAAGCAACUCGAUAUCGCCAAAGGGUUCGACGCCGUUCCAGCGGCCGAUACUGGCGACUCAACGGCUGCACAUGAGCCAGGUCAGCAAGACGCAGUCGAUCCUAGCACCCUCCCUCACCUCGCCGUCGUACCCCGUAUCCCCGACCCACGCCCAAAGCCUAAACUCCCCUCCGGACCGCUCGGUGCCCGCCUCCCUCCCCCUUCGACCCCCUUCGCCGUUGCGCUCCGUUCCCUCCCUCCCAACCCACACAAUCACCAGGCACUUCACCGGCCUGUAGACGUCUCCUCCUCCCGCCUUCUCCUGCCUAUCACAGCCGAAGAACAAACGAUCGUCGAGACCGUGCUGCUCAACCCUGUUACUGUCAUCUGCGGUGAAACAGGGAGUGGGAAAACGACCCAGCUCCCUGGGAUGCUGUACGAAGCCGGGUUCGGCGUGCCAGGGAGCGACAAUCCCGGAAUGAUCGCCGUGACGCAGCCUAGGAGAGUGGCGGCGAUGUCCACUGCCUCCCGAGUAUCUCACGAGCUCGCCCUGCCCCCUCCUGUGGUGGCGCACGCGGUGAGAUACGAUACCACUACGAGUGCGGAGACGCGGAUCAAGUUCGCUACUGAUGGAGUGCUCCUCCGGGAAUUGGCGGGAGAUUUCAUGCUUGAGAAGUACAGUGUUGUGGUGGUGGACGAAGCGCAUGAGCGGACGCUGGGUACGGACGUGCUCAUCGGCGUGCUGAGCAGGGUUGUCAAGCUCCGAGAGAAGCGGUUUAUAGAGGGAACAGGAAAGCCUCUGAGGCUUAUUAUCAUGUCCGCAACGCUGCGUAUCUCGGACUUUAUCGCUAACAGCGUGCUCUUUCCCACGCCGCCGCCGCUGAUCCACGUCCCCGCGCGGCAACAUCCUGUCACUAUCCACUUUUCGCGCCGGACAGCGCCGGAUUACGUGGAUGAAGCGAUUAGGAAAGUGGAGAGGAUACAUACGAGGUUGCAGGGGGGAGGGGUGUUGGUGUUCUUGACUGGACAGAGGGAGAUCGAGUUGGUUUGCAAGAGGUUGGAAGGGAGGUGGGGGAGGAGGGAGAUAGAGAAACGGAAGAAGGCUGGUGCGGCGAGGGCAGGGUUUAGCAGGAAACUGGACGGGCAGGAGGAGAAAGUGGAGAGGAAAGACGAGCCAGUAGCGGUCAACGCCAGACUGGGAGAUGUGGAGCCUGAAGAGGUUGACCUUGGAGAACGGGGGGACGGGGUUGACCCUGCGGAAGAUGGGGAUGCGGUCAAUGAUGCGAAUAGUGACGAUGAGUACCAUGUCGACGAUGAGGAGGACGAUAAAAAGCCAUCGGAGAAGGACUCUUUUGAUGUCCCCAUGCAUAUAUUACCGCUCUAUUCCCUCCUCCCCGGUGACAAGCAAAUGUGCGUAUUCCAAGACCCACCCACAGACGCACGUCUCGUCGUAAUCGCCACGAACGUAGCAGAGACCUCUCUCACCAUCCCCGGAAUCCGAUACGUCGUCGAUAGCGGUCGUUCCAAAGAACGAAAGUAUGAUCUCUCGAGCGGGAUCCAAUCCUACCAGAUCAGUUGGGAAUCCAAGGCUUCUGCCGCGCAGAGGGCUGGCCGAGCGGGGCGCACAGGCCCUGGGCACUGUUAUCGCCUGUACUCAUCCGCGGUGUUCGAAAACCACUUUGAGGCAUUCGCGCAGCCCGAGAUCCUUCGCAUGCCUAUCGAAGGCGUCGUACUCCAAAUGAAGAGUAUGAACAUCGAUGCUGUUGUCAAUUUCCCAUUCCCAACUCCGCCGGAUAGGCUCGCGCUCCGGAAAGCGGAGAGCCUGCUAGUGCAUCUUGGGGCGCUCGAGCCGCCUAGUCCGGCUGCGAAAGACGGGGCACUUUCGGGAAGGAUCACAGAGAUGGGAAAGGCUAUGGCGCUCUUCCCCGUUGCUCCCCGGUUCGCCAAGAUGCUCGUAGCUGGGAAACAGCAUGGGUGCUUGCCGUAUGUGAUCGCCAUCGUCGCUGCUCUUUCGGUUGGAGAUCCCUUCCUGCGAGAGGAAGCCGCUGGGAAAAAAGGCGAUGGUGACGAAGAAGAAGAUGAUGAUGACGACAUGGAUGUGGAGCUUGCGAAUGUCAAAAGCGGCGAGCUACGAGUCAAGGAACAACAGAAACGUCGGCGAAAGGCGUUCUUCGAUUCUCAACAAGCUUAUGCAGCACUGGGGAAUGGCACGAGCGACAUUUUCCGCAUGCUCGCCGCGGUCGGCGCAUUUGAACAUGAAGGCGGCACACCGCAGUUUUGCGGCAUGCAUUUUCUUCGACACAAGGCGAUGGAGGAAAUUCGCAAGCUCCGCUCGCAGAUUACGGCCAUCGUGCGUGCCAACUUCGGGAAUAUUAUCAACCUCUUCGAGCCGCGGUUCAACCCACCCACGGAAGUGCAGCUCAAAGCACUGCGGCAGCUGCUCACGGCCGGCUUUGUCGAUCACGUCGCAGUCCGAAAGGACAUCGCAUCUCCAUCGUCUGCCACAGGAGCGAAGUACUCCUCUUGCCGAGGCGUCCCGUAUCGCGCAAUCGGCGUUGAUGAGGACGUCUUCGUGCACCCCUCAUCCGUGGUGUUCCACGGCCCACCGCCAGAGUACAUCAUCUUCCUCGAAAUGGUUCGCACGAGCAGAGUAUAUGUCAAGACGCUCACUACGAUCAACCCUGCCUGGCUGUCCAUUCUCGGGCGCUCGAUGUGCAUUUUCUCCAAGCCGAUGCAGAUGCCUGCUGCGGUGAGCAAGAAGGUUGCCCCGGCGACGCAGGACAGUCGGCAAGUUCACGUCAUACCGCGUUUCGGCCCGGCGGCGUGGGAGCUCCCGGCGGUGCUGAUGACACAGAAGCGCGAGGGUACACGCUGGGUAUACGUGCACUGA